AUGCCAAAAACAGCUUUAACAGAAGACGAAAAAUUAAAUUUAUCAAAAAAAAAAUUGUUAUUCAAUAGGUAUGUUGAACCAGGAAGAUUAUGCCUUAUAGAAUAUGGCCCCUAUGCUGGAAAGCUUUGCUUUAUUGUAGAUAUAAUCACAAUUACGAGAGUUAUUGUUGAUGGAGCUGGCAUAACAGGAGUUCCUAAAACAAUAAUGCCAAUAAAAAGACUUAAGUUGUUAAAGCAGAGAGUUAAAAUAAGUGCUAAUUCCAAAACUGGACUAUUAAGAAAAGAAGUUGAUAAAUCUAAGGUUUUAGAUGAAUUCAAUAAAUCCAAUUUAGGAAAAAAGAUUAUGAUAAAACAAAAAAGAGAUUUAGCUACUGAUUAUGAGAGAUUUCAGAUCUACUAUGCCAACAAAGAAUUAAAAAAAAAAAUGAAUUUUAUAAAAUCUCAAAAAAAAGGACAAAAAUCAAAAGCAUAA